AUGAACUCAGAUCUCAACAACAUCGCCAGUAACCUGGCCAAUACAGUGUUGGCCAACAGGGGAGAAACGGGACAGCGCAAUGCCGUGCUGGUGUCGCAGCACGGCACGAAAAUUCGCGACCCGGGCUUUCUCUCACAAGACUUUCGAAGGACCUUCCAUGCGCCACCGAGGCUGUACUUCACUGCCGAGAGCGAUGAGUUUGAUGCGACAAUCUUGUCAGAAUGGCAAAAGGCAGGUUUCACCGUCGAGUAUUUCUCCAUGGGCAAAGGUGGUGCAUCUUAUGAGAGAAAGUUGAAGUCACUGUUCACAAGGGACCUGGAGCCAGGAGAGACUUUCGGGAUAAUCGCGUACGGGGAUGCGGCAGGCGCCUGCCUGGAACACUUCCAUAUUCUAGAGAAUAAUCCUGAUAACAAGCUGGGCUGUCUCAUCGCAUACUACCCAAAUAUUAUUCCUGACCCUCGUGCGGCGUUUCCCUCAACCAUAGAAGUUGUCGUCCACCUGGCAGGAGAAGAGGUCGGCGAGGUCCACCAUAGCCAGCUGGCUGGAGUCCCAGGGAAGCGCAAGGUGGUACGUCACGAUCUCAAAGGUCCUGGAAAGGGGAAGAGGCUUGAUAUGGCCUAUCCCUGCUACAAGUAUGAUGCUGAGCCCGGGUUUGCGGAGCGCGAUCUGGACGUGUACGACGAGGACAGUGCAGAGCAAGCUUUGGAUCGAAGCGUGAUGGCGGCGAAGAAAGCUUUCCACAUAUGA